AUCGAGACGGUCAAGUAGCAAGUAGAUAACGUCGUUGUCGUUACUCGUAGAUACAAUUCCUGAAGUUCUCGUAUCCUUGCCUCGAACUGCCAUACCUACCAAUCAACAUGGCAUUCACGAUGAGCUCGGUCGAUUACACCCCAGACCAGCUCGCCACUUUGUCAACACACGACAUCGAGACCGUGCUCGAUCGGGACCACGUCUACUUGCCCCGGAACAGCAAGCAGAAGCGAUUUCAAAACUGGGCCAAGACGUUUUCUUGUGAACCCGAACGAGUGUUCAAGCCGUCCACUGCCACCCACGUCUUGUUGAUCACCGAGCUCGCCAGACGAUACUCGAAACCGCUCCGAGCCGCCGGCGUCGGUCACUCCCCCUCAGACCUCGCCUGCACAUCUUCCUGGCAAGUCAGGACCGACGCCUUUUCCUCCCCGCUCUCCAUCACCAAAGUCGGCGACAAGACCAUCGCACACGUUCAACCCGGUCUGGUCCUGCACGACUUGCAUCGAUGGUUGAAAGAGAACAAGCUCGCGUUGAGCAACUGUGGCUCGAUCUCGGAUCAGACGGUCGCAGGGGUGAUCACCACCUGCACGCACGGGAGCGGUUGGACGUUUCCGGUCUUGACGGAUCUGGUCGAGGAGAUCAGCGUCGUCGUAGCAGGAGGCGAUAUCGAUCCGAAAGACGGGUCGAAGGGAAAAGUUCGAUCGAUCACGUGUUCGAAGGAAGUCGAAGCCGAUCUCUUCCACGCCACCAUCUGCGGUCUCGGUCUAACGGGGAUCAUCACCGAUAUCAAGAUCCGGGUCGAACCCGCUUUCCGUCUCAAGGAGAUCAAGACCCCUAUGCCGAUGACCGACUUGCUCGACCUCGCCCUCUCCUCGCCCAAAGCGGCGACUACCACGACUACGACGACGUCCUCCUCUUCGGAAUCUACCCCGCUCUUGGCUUCGACGACUAAAGAGCUAGCCGACGAUGUCGAUCGCGAGGUCGUCCAGUUUGAGGAUUUCGGCCAGGGGAUGUUGGAUGAAAUCGCUCAGAGUGCGGAGCACGUGAGGAUGUGGUAUUACCCCCAGUCGGACCAGGUCAUGAUCGCUCGUGCCAACCGGACUUAUGAAGAACCGAUCCCAGGGAACCCUUGGGCGGAAUGGUGGGGCAAAUUCAAGGGAUACCACAUGACACAACUCUUCCUUUUUACUGCGCGGUUCUUUCCUUGGUUGACCAAGUGGGUGGGAAGGUGGGUCUGGUGGCUCCAGAGCGAUGGGAGUGUGGCACAGGAUGAUGGGUACAAGGUGUACACGUUCGAUUGCUUGUUUCCGCAAUACACGACCGAAUGGGCGAUCCCGUAUGAUCAGACUCGGGAGACGUUGGUCGAGAUCAGGGACUGGUUGAAGCAGGAGAAGAACCCCGUGCAUUGGCCUAUCGAGAUCAGGUUUACCGCGCCAGACGACAUUUGGCUCAGCCCGAGCUACGGUUUGCGAACGACUUGGAUCGGGAUCGUGCAGUACAGGCCAUACGGUUACUCGGUCCCGUACGAAGAGCUCUUUGAACGUUUCACUGCGAUCCUGAAAGACCACGACGGUCGACCUCAUUGGGCCAAGCAGCACGAUUUCACCCGCGCAAAGUUGGCCGAGGUCUAUCCCAAGUUUGAAAAGUUUUGUGAGGUCCGGGACAAGUGGGACCCGGAGAACAGGUGGGCCUGCCAGUAUGGGGAACGACACUUUGGGAAAGAAUCGACGCAGCGAUCCGACCGGGCGUACAAGGCUGUAUAGAUGCGUCUUCCGUUACCGUGUACCAUAUUUUAGAGUUAGAUCGUCGAGCCUCUAUAGACAAGCCAAUGGACACGCUCGUACGAAUUCGUCAUUGAUCGAGGGUGAUGUCCGCACAUCCUUAUCAUGUGCUGUUCUGUGCCUUCAGGCCAUACUACUCGAGCCACACCCCUCC